AUGAGCGCGGCGCGGGGCUGCGGGCCCGCCCGGGGCAUGGCAGGAUUGUUUCUCUGGCACCUGAGGAGCCCUGGGACAAGGCAGAUCCCAUGCCCAUUUCUGCACCUGUGCCACGUGGCCCAUGACAGACUGAUUACAUUUCAGUACUUUAACUUUCUCAAACGAAUGUAUGUAACACAAUGCAACAAAGACCUCAGACAACGAGCCAAACCCAAGUCAGAUCCAGUUCCAUCUCCUUUUCGUGAGCUUCAGCAAUUAGAUCAAGAGAAAAAGGUUAUACACAAGAUUAGACCAAUUUCACCUGUUCCUCAGCCUCUGUCUGAGCCAUCAAGCAGAAAUGGGUUGAGAGAAACGGAGUCAGCUGCAGAAACUGAAGAUUCACUCACAGCAGUAAGAGCAGAAGCCAAAGAAGACAGACAAUGGAAAGAAAUGAAGCUACAGCUCAAUGAUUUACCAGGAAUUUUGGCACGGUUGUCCAAAAUUAAGCUCACAGCUCUGGUGGUGAGCACUGCAUCUGCUGGCUUUGCUAUGGCCCCAGUCCCUUUUGACCUGACCUGUUUCCUGCUUGCCUCCCUUGGAACUGGACUGGCAUCCUGUGCUGCCAACUCCAUCAAUCAGUUCUUUGAGGUUCCAUUCGACUCAAACAUGAACAGGACAAAAAACAGACCACUGGUUCGAGGACAGAUCAGCCCCCUGCUCGCCGUCUGCUUCGCUGCCUCCUGCGGAGUCCCAGGGAUUGCCCUGCUGACACUGGGAGUAAACCCCCUCACCGGGGCCCUGGGAGCCUUCAACAUUUUCUUGUACACGUGUUGUUACACCCCCAUGAAGAGAAUGAGCAUUGCCAACACGUGGGUGGGAGCUGUGGUCGGUGCCAUUCCCCCCGUCAUGGGCUGGACGGCAGCUACUGGGAGUCUGGAUGCUGGUGCGUUGCUGCUGGGAGGAAUCCUCUACUCCUGGCAGUUCCCUCACUUCAACGCCCUGAGCUGGGCCCUGCGGGAGGAUUACUCGCGAGGAGGGUACUGCAUGAUGUCUGUGACCCACCCGGGGCUGUGCCGGCGGGUGGCCCUGCGCCACUGCCUGGCCCUGCUGGGACUCUCCGCGCUGGCUCCUCUUCUUGACGUCACCACCUGGACUUUCCCCAUCAUUUCCCUCCCCAUUAACCUCUACAUCUCCUACCUCGCCUUCCGCUUCUACAGGGACGCAGACCGUGGCAGCUCCAGGAAGCUCUUCUUCUGCAGCCUGUGGCACCUGCCCCUGCUGCUGCUCGUCAUGUUCACCUGCAAGAAGCCCUUCCUGGAGAAGGAAGAGAAGGGCGACCUGCUCAGGGGGGGUCACGGGGGGGCUGUGGAGAUGAGGUUGCCUUAA